AUGCACAUUACAAACACUCUUCUUGUUGGUUCUCUUUUGGUGGCUAGCCUUUUCUCUUCGCAAGCUGAAGCUUGCAUUACUGCAAAGGCUGCUCUUGAUGGCCGUAAGUCUCCCAGCACUUCCGCUGCCAGAACCUCCAAUGUGUAUAAGACAGGACAAUGUAUCAACGUCAAGUGCCAGACUACUGGAUCCACCAUUUAUGGUAGCAACAUUUGGGACUAUGAUGGCAAGUACUAUUUGCCAGACGCUUAUGUCAAGACUGGAUACUCUGGAUUUGACCCCAAGAUUCCCAGAUGUAGCUCCGGUGGCGGUUCUGGUGGUGGCUCUAGCGGUGGUGGCUGCGGUGGCCACAUGAACUCUGUCGGUCUCAGCUUCCUUGAAUUGCAUGAAGGCUUUGUAUCCACUUUCAGAGAUGACGGUGCUGGCCAUAUGAGUAUUGGCUUUGGUCAUAACUGCGAUGCCGAUCCUCAACACUGCAAGGAAAUUAAGACUCCUAUCAGCAAGGCAACUGGACUCACUCUCCUCAAGAAAGACCUCAAGUCGUACGAAGCUGCAGUCUGCGCUGCCGUGAAAAGUCAGAAAUGCCCUCUUAACUGCAAUCAAUUCAAUGCUCUCGUCAGCUUCACUUAUAAUGUUGGUGUCGGCGGCUUCAAAGGCAGUAAGAUCUACGAGCACAUGGCCAACCGCGACUAUAAGGGUAUAUACAAUCUCUUCCCUCAUGAAUACCUUAACGGUGGCACACUUCUUACAAGACGCCAAGCCGAAGCUAAGCUUUUCAACACUGCUACCUCAACUAGCUCUGGAUGCUGA